CUCCCAGAUGGAGGCAGCGCCCGGAGCGGUACGGGGCUGUGAGGAGCAGAGGCCCAGCGGGGAGCGCAGGAUCUUCCGUCUGCUUGGCCUUUCGCUUUUUCUCCACCUGCUUCUCUCCCUUACAUAGCACCCAAUCUUGCUAAUACUAGUACUGGCCCUGAGUUCCACUUUGUGACCAUACAAACUACACCUUCUUGGCCGUAGGAUUUAGAAGUUCAGAAUAUUGUUUUUUGAGAGGAACGUGCUUUGUUUUGCUCUGGGUUUUGUGAGAAGCAUCACCACUUGAUAAAAGAAGAACUCUUGAUAAGGACAUAAGGGACGCUUUUACGUGAUAGAAUGGAUGAACAGUCACAAGGCAUGCAGGGGCCUACUGCUCCACCAUUUCAGCCACAGAAAGCCUUGCGACCCGACAUGGGCUAUAAUACACUUGCCAACUUCCGAAUAGAGAAAAAAAUUGGCCGUGGGCAGUUCAGUGAAGUUUAUAGAGCAACCUGCCUGUUGGAUGGAGUACCAAUGGCUCUGAAGAAGGUUCAGAUAUUUGAUUUAAUGGAUGCCAAAGCCCGUGCUGACUGUAUCAAAGAAAUAGAUCUUCUUAAGCAACUGAAUCAUCCAAAUGUAAUUAAAUAUUAUGCCUCAUUCAUUGAAGACAAUGAACUGAACAUAGUGUUGGAAUUAGCUGAUGCUGGCGAUCUCUCUAGAAUGAUAAAGCAUUUUAAGAAACAGAAGAGGUUGAUUCCUGAAAGAACAGUUUGGAAAUACUUUGUUCAGCUUUGCAGUGCCUUGGAACAUAUGCAUUCUCGUCGUGUUAUGCAUAGAGAUAUAAAGCCAGCUAAUGUGUUCAUUACAGCCACAGGGGUAGUAAAGCUUGGAGACCUUGGGCUUGGUCGAUUUUUUAGCUCCAAAACCACAGCUGCACAUUCUUUAGUUGGUACGCCUUAUUAUAUGUCUCCAGAGAGAAUACACGAAAAUGGUUACAACUUCAAAUCUGACAUCUGGUCUCUAGGCUGCCUGCUGUAUGAGAUGGCUGCACUGCAGAGUCCCUUUUAUGGUGAUAAAAUGAACUUGUACUCCCUAUGCAAGAAGAUAGAACAGUGUGACUACCCACCUCUCCCUUCAGAUCACUAUUCAGAGGAACUGCGACAAUUAGUUAAUAUGUGCAUCAACCCGGAUCCAGAGAAGCGACCAGACAUAACCUAUGUCUAUGAUGUAGCGAAACGUAUGCACGCACACACUGCAAGCAGCUAAACAGACAUCAGAUCGUGAAGAAAAGAGCAGAAAUAACCAAGUAUUUUAAAAUAAAUCAUCCCACUUUUUUGUUUGUGUGUUACAGAAAUGUAGUUAUUUGAAGCUUACUGUUGUGCUUUGAAUUGUAAAUCAAUCUAUAUACAAGCUUUGUUCUUUUCUGUUUAUUUCUAUAUUUUGUAUUUUUUACUAACUUGCAGUUGUACAACAGGUUUAAAUAUGUAAAGCAUAACUUUAAAGGAUACCAAGAACCACUGUUUUCCAUAUUAAGUGGGUUCAAGUAUAUUUUCUUUAAUAACAAAAUUGUAUUCAGCUGGGCGUCAGUUCUAAAACACAGUUGCACUUUUGCACAUGAUACAGAUAUUAGGCUUAUUAUCCAGAAGCAAAAUGUCUGAAUCUCUCACCUUUUUAGUAAUUUAUGGAAAGUAUGAAUCAGCACAGUUAACUUUAUUUUAAUCUUUGUUCUAAGAGGAACAUAAUAAUUAUAGAAGGUUAUUGUAUUUUCUGUUGAAUUGUCAUUUGUAGUUCGCAGCGUAAGAGUAGACAGGCAAUAGGAUUAGUUCUCUGCUUGCCAAAGGUGAUGCGAAAAUAGUUUCAGGAAAAAUUGUCAUGCUGAAAUUUCUGCAACAUCCCUUUUUGUUUUGUUAUUCUGUCAUAAUGCACAUAAAACAUUUGUUGGAGGUUUUCUGGGAAAAUUUAGGGUGUUGAUUCUACAGUCUGAUCGUUUUCAAUAGGCUUGUGCAGCACUACCCUGGGGCAAUAGGAGUCUGCAUAGUUAAGUCUUAAAACCAUGCAGAUGCUUCUUGUAGCAAAUAGGGCUCUUUUGAGGCUAGCGUUUAUGAGAAGGUCUGAUGGAAAGAUUCAAUCUUUAAGUUAAACUUCCCAGUUGUUUAUAUAUAUGUCACUGUUUGUAGAUUUUUAUGUUUAAAAUAAUUUCAGUGACCUUACAGUAUAUUUAAAUUUUAAAGAGUUUGUUUUUUUAAAAAUACAGAAACGUUUUGGAAAAGAUGUAUAGUAUAACACAAAAUGUAUUCUUCAUGAAGAUCUGGGUUUGUGUACUGUAUCCUGAGAAGUAGUUUUACAUUUAGCAAAAGUAAAUUUUAGCUUUUAUGUUCAAAAGUUGCCACUCCUUCAUUUGGGGAAUAAAUAUAUAUGCAAAAUGUCUUACAAAUACUUUAUUAGUUGCAAAGGAAAUUCAGAAUAUUUUUGUUACACCUUAGUGCUGUUUUGGGUAUGCUUAAAUAAUAUUUUUAUUGUUUAAGAAGAAAGGUGUCUCAUUUUUAUAUGUGGUAAAAAUGGAGAAUGGACUGAAAUUUCUUGAGUUUCAAGACCGAACUUUUCAUAAAGAAUGGUCAAAACCUAAUUAUUACCAGUGGUAUUGCUAAGAAGCUGUUACAGUCAGGUAAAUCUUUUUCCCUCUGUGGGUAAAAAGAAAUUAGUUCAAAUAAGAGUAGCGUUAUGUACAUACAUGGGUAGGUCCUAGAUGCAGUCAGUUCCCUGCACGUUCAGAUUUAUUUUUAAUGUUUUGCUGCAGCUUUAAUUUGUGAUUUGAUGCUUAAAGUGCUCAAAGAAUAAAAAUCCAGCUGUGGGGUUUCUGGAUGAAAUGUUCAAGCUACGUCAGGGAUUUUUCUAGUUUUAUAUUUUUUAAAACUACAAAUACUAUAGAAAUUGUUAUGCAAAAUACAAGAGUUUUUAAAUAGUAUAUACCAGAUCAUCAGCUUACCUUAAUACAUAUUUUUUUAUUUUUGUUUCCAGAUUUUGUAGGAUGAAUCCUUAGUUUUCCUUCUAGCUUCUGUGUACACUUAAUCUUGUAGGACUUCAGUGGAACAAUUUCAAUGGAGGAAGUAUUUGAGAAACCUUGGUUUGUGUCUAGCAACCUCUAGAUUUGUUUUUGUUUAUUAUUUGAUUAUUGAAUUUAAAAAAUUAUGGUUAUAUUCUAUACCAAUAGUUCACAUGUCAGAGUAUGGAAUGGUUUAUAUUGGAAAAGGCAGUACAGUGUUUGCUUGACUGCCAGGAUUAGCUCUUAAUCCACACAAGUACUUGAACCAUUUUUUUUUUCCUGAAAUGUACUAGAACAUUUAAGAAUCACUGAAAAAACCCCAACACUAUUUACAUGUAUGUAAUAUUACACGUCAAGUAUGGAACUUCUCUUGAAAGAAGCCAGUAAUUUUUUUUUUUUUCUUUAUGUCUCGAAGGAUACAUUGAGUAAAGGAAUCAUGAGUUAAGAGUUAGAAAAUGUGCAUAGUUAAACAAUUUUUUUUUUUUGCAUUUAUGAUUAAGUCUUAUGUGGAGGAAAAUAAAUAAUUUUUUCCUAUUUUAAAUUCUGUAAAAUGAAUGGUGCAGAUGAAUCUGGUACCAAACUUUAUAAUUAAGAAGCCCAUAUGGGUUAAUAGAACUGCUUAUAGUACUGGGGACUGUAGAAUCUCUCCCCUAAGUAAAGCACCUGUUAACAUAUGAAAAUAAGCUGAUUAUAACACUCCCAUGCGUCCUAUACACUUAUAAAAUAUUUUCCUUUAUAAUACACCAUUCUGUUUUUCAUAUGUUGUUACAUUUGGCACUAUUUAUUUUAAGCUAUGGCAUUAUGUGUUUAUUUUCUUUAAAGAGAAUGUUACAUUUCUAACCAAAAUGUCUGACUAGUUCCUCCUUUUAUUUCAGUAAUGCUACAGUAUUAACUGGCUUCAUGAGUAAACUUUGUGCUUUGAAUGACAUUGCAUAAAGUCUUUGUCUUUUCCUGAAAGCUCCCCAGCUGUGCAGUAGUCUAAUAGAACCAAAAACAUGCAGAUAUUAGAUAUAAUGUAAAAAUGAUAGUGUUCCUAUGAUAUUUUUCAAACUUUUCUUGUUACAGAUAUCUAGAUAUAUAUAUGUUACAGUAGAUGUUGCCUAUCUUGUGGACAAUAUACUGCUUCCAGUAGUUCAUUAUAGGUGAGUUUUCUUGACUGUAACAAAAGAGAGUACAUUCAAAAAAUCUUUUUCAUAUUAUUUGUCAAAAAUUUAUCUAAGAAUACUAUAUCAGAUAUAUUAAUAAUUAAGCCAAAAAAGUGUCUUCAGAUAAAAUUUUUUAAAAAAUCUAAACAAGCCACAUGAAAAUAUCUGAAAAGCAUAAAAAUAAUGAAGAGCUCCCAUAAUAUCCCCAGUUCUGUGAGCUCUUGUUUAUAGGUAGACUGUUUUUUAUUUAAAUUCAGUAAUUUUGAGUGAACCUUGUAUAUACACAUGAAUAAAUAGUAAUCAAUAGGGUAUAUAGAAAUUAUUUGCUCAGCUCACUUUUUAUACUGUUGUGGUUUGAGCCUGGUCAGCAGCCAAACA